GUAGUAGCAGUAGUGGCAUGGCAGGCAAUCUAACCGGAGAGAAUAGUAAGCCUCCGCUCGGCAGGCGGGCACGCGCUUUCCAGCCUUUCCUUUUUUUUAUUUCCCUCUCUUUUUCUCAGCCCCUCCGAAGCCUCUCUCUCUCUCUCUCUCUCAUUCUUCUGACUCCCAACUUCUCCAUUUCUUCAUCGAAAUUGAAUAUUGACUCUUUCAUCAUUGCCCACUAUCAACAUAUAAAACCUAAUUUCUCCAAUUCGAUUCCCAAUCUCCAUCUCCAAACCUUUCUCUCUCUUCGCACAACCACGAUGUUGAUGCUAGUCGACUGCUCCAACUGCCGGACCCCGCUGCAGCUCCCGCCGGGCGCCAGGUCCAUCCGCUGCGCCCUCUGCCAGGCCGUCACUCCCAUCGCCGAUUGCUCCCGCGGCUUUCCUCAGCAGCCGCCGCCGCCACCGCCGGCGACCUCUUCCAGCUACCACCACCUCUAUCCUCCGCCGCCGGCUCCGUCGCCGUACGGCCAGUCGCCGGCCGGUCAACUGCCGCCAGUGCACGGCCGCAAGAAGGCCGUGAUCUGCGGGAUCUCGUACCGGAACACGCGGCACGAGCUCAAAGGCUGUAUUAAUGACGCCAAGUGCAUGAAGUUCUUGCUCAUCAACCGGUUCAAGUUCCCCGAGUCCUCCAUUAUCAUGCUCACUGAAGAAGAAACUGAUCCCUUCAGACGACCAACAAAGCACAGCAUCAGAAUGGCAAUGUUUUGGCUUGUACAAGGUUGUCGGCCUGGAGAUUCACUAGUUUUCCAUUUUUCUGGCCAUGGUUCACAGCAAAGAAACUACACAGGGGAUGAGAUAGAUGGAUAUGAUGAAACACUCUGUCCUCUGGAUUUUGAAACGCAGGGAAUGAUUGUUGAUGAUGAAAUCAAUGCAACAAUUGUCAAGCCUCUCCCACAUGGGGUCAAACUUCAUGCAAUCAUAGAUGCUUGUCAUAGUGGCACCAUGUUAGAUUUACCAUUCCUUUGUAGGAUGGACAGGAGUGGGCGGUAUGUGUGGGAGGACCAUCGUCCUCCAUCAGGCAUGUGGAAAGGAACGAAUGGUGGGGAAGUCAUUUCCUUUAGUGGCUGUGAUGACGAUCAAACCUCUGCAGAUACAGCUGCUCUAUCCAAGGUCACUUCAACUGGUGCUAUGACCUUUUCUUUCAUUCAGGCAAUUGAACGAGAGCAAGCAACUACGUAUGGGAAUAUGCUAACAUCAAUGCGGUCUACCAUUUCUAAUAGGGAAAGCAAUGCAGGCGGUGGUGUUGUCACAACACUGCUUACUAUGCUUCUGACAGGAGGGAGCUUAGGUUCCAUGAGACAGGAACCACAAUUGACGUCUAAUGAACCGUUUGAUGUGUACUCGAAGCCUUUCUCCCUAUAACUUGUAAAACCACCGUCUCACCUCAUGUCUUAUUGUUUGAUUCUCUUCUGCUAAUCGGGUGCAGUUACGAAAGGAGGAGACAUUUCCAUGAGCUAUUUGAAGUUUAAUUGUAUUGCUUCUUAACCAGUUGUAUAGUAAUAUUGUUUUAUUGUGCAAUAUUCCCCAUUACUAUGCAACUUUUCUUUUUUAUGAGAAUAGUAAAUUCCACGCUUAGAUUGAUUAUUAUGUAA